AUGAGACCGGAACUAGCUUGGCUCGCCGGUGAAAAGCCCUUUGGAUGUCAGUUGCUGAGCUCGGUUGGCCGGAAAAUGUGGGUAGAACACGUCUCAGUCGGAGGUUUCAGCUGGUGGUCGGAGACAGAGCUCGAACGGAGCUCGGUCGCUGGUAGCUCGAAGGUCGCGGUUCGUGAAUCAGGGUCGCCGUCGGAGGUGCAAAGAGGGGAGCAACGGACGGAGGUCUUAAAUCUGGUGGUGGCGCUCGUUGGUGAAAGAGAGCUCGUCGGAGUGAGGCUUGGUCGCCGAAUUGUCGUCGAGGCUCAAAGUGGUCGCCGGGAGCUCAAAAUCGCCGUGAACGGAGCUGUGAGCUCGCCGCUGUGGUUGAGAGAAGAAAGAUUGAAUUCAUCGGGGGUCGCGCACGCGGCAAGGUCGGAGAUGGAGAAAGUGGUCGCCAUCGGUUGCAGGCGGGUAUUUUUCUACGACAAGGCACACCUACCCUCAGAGACACCUUCAGGAUUGGCUGAACUUAGAGAAGGUGAGCUCGAGGACUUGAGAGGGAAUGGGAAGGGGUUAAGGUUGGCAAGUGACAGAAUAUACGACUAUGAUGUUUAUAACGAUCUUGGCAACUCGGAAAAAGGGCCCGAUUACGUGAGGCCCACGCUUGGCGGGUCGGAAAAGAGCCCGUAUCCCAGAAGGUGUCGGACGGGACGCCUUCCAACACCCAAUGAUGUAAGCAUAGAGUCUCCACCAAGUCCUUCAAUGGCCUCCUAUGUUCCUAGAGACGAAGACUACAAUGAACGUAAAAAAGAGUUCAUGUCGCAAGGAAAGACGAAGGCAGUAAUCCGCAACAUUAUCCCGAUUCUGAUAGCCAAAAUUUUUGGCGAGGAAAACUUGUAUUUCUCAGUUGAUACCGCCAAACACCAUCCGAUAUUGAAAAUUGUAUCACUGGACGAACGGGUCAACAGAAACCCAUUAUUUAAAAUGCUCACAAAACUACACGGGACGAUUGAGAGGAUGGCCAAGGUGGAACCUCCAAAGUAUAUCUCGAAGGAUGUGGUGUGGGGUUUGCCAGAUGACGAAUUUGGCCGGCGAGCACUUGCAGGUGUCAAUCCUAUGAGUAUAGAGAAACUAAAGGUGUUUCCUCCAGUGAGCAAACUCGACCCGUCGAUCUACGGUCCACAAGAAUCGGGACUCAAGGAAGAACACAUACUAGGAUAUCUAGAAGGAAUGACUGUGCAACAGGCAGUGGGUGAAGGCAAGAUGUUCAUAUUGGACUACCACGACAUAUACCUCCCGGUUGUGGACAGCAUAAACGCGAUCGAGAGUCGUAAAACGUAUGCCACAAGAACCGUCUUCUUCUUGACCUCCUUUCAAACUCUGAAACCCAUAGCAAUCGAGUUGAGCCUUCCGUUAACAGGAGAAAAAGCCUCGUCAAAGCAGGUCCUAACACCUCCUAUCGAUAUUGGCACGAGUGAUUACUGGCUUUGGCAACUAGCAAAAGAGCAUGUCUGCUCCAAUGAUUCUGCUGUCCACACACUGAUCAACCACUGGUUGAGAAUACACGCGUGUAUGGAGCCGUUCUUCAUAGCGGCUCACCGGAACAUGAGCGUCAUGCAUCCGGUCUUCAAGCUUCUUCAUCCCCACAUGCGUUAUUUAAUGAAGACGAAUGCAUUUAGUCGAGAUGUGCUCAUCAAUGCCGGGGCAAUUAUCGAGUCCUUCAAUUCUCCCGCAAAAUACUGCAUGCAGUUUAGCGGCUAUGCCUAUAAAGACUGGUGGAGGUUCGACCUCGAAGGUCUUCCAGAUGAUCUCAUACGAAGAGGAAUGGCCGUGCGGGACCCGGAGAGUCCUCACAGAAUCAAACUCGCAAUCGAUGACUACCCGUACGCCCAGGACAGCCUCCUCAUCUGGUCCGCAAUCGAGACCCUCGUAACCAAGUACGUGGGCCACUAUUACCCGGAGCCGAGCCACAUCCUGAUAGACACCGAGCUGCAGGCUUGGUACCGUGAGUCGGUGGACUCCGGCCACGCGGACCUCCGAGUCGCCACCUGGUGGCCCCGGCUCGCCACGCAGGACGACCUCGUCAGGAUCCUCACGACUGUCAUUUGGACGGUAACCGGGCAACACGCAGUGGUCAACUUCGGGCAGUACUCAUACGGGGCGUACACCCCUGCCCGACCCCCCUUCAUGCGGAAGCUGCUCCCAUCGGAUUCGGAUCCCGAUUUUUUAUCCGACCCACGGGAGUACUUUUUGUCGGCCGUGCCAAGUUUGACUCAAGAAGCAAAGUACGCAGCCGUGCUCGAUACCGGGUCGGGCCAUUCGCCCGAGGAAGAGUACAUCGGGCAGAGGAAGGAUCUAGCGAGCUGGUGCGGCGAGCCGGGAAUUUUGGAGGCGUUUGAGAAGUUCACAUCGGAUGUGGAGAGAAUCGAGCGGGAGAUCGAGAGGAGGAAUUCGGACCCGGGGCUCAAGAACAGGUGCGGGCCAGGGGUUUAUCCGUUCGAGCUGCUAAUGCCGAGCUCGGGAAGCGGGACCACAAGCAGGGGAGUGCCUAACAGUGUAACGGCAUGA